UCCGCGUCCGCCUGCUCCAUCUUUCAACAAGUGAAAACGUGAGAAACGGGCAUUAAGAAGUGGAUUUACUCCAAAACAAACGGCCAAACUCAUCCUGCCUGUUUCCACCGGAGCUGGAAAAACCAGAGGAACUCCAAACAUUUCCGUCAAGAAGAAGAAGCUUCAAAUCGUUUUGAACACGACAUGAUGUUUGGAGUCCGGCGUUUUUCCUGGAGUUAAUCUGGAGAUUACAGCUUUCCACUGGAAUAUGUCCUGGAUGAAACAUGCGUCAAAAGAAUCGAUUUUGAUGGAUUAUCUCAAGAUAAGAUUCCACGUUUCCACAAAUGAGCGGCUAAUUUUAUCUUUCUAAAGUCUGAUGAGGGAGACGGUCAGGCCGGACGAUGAAGUCUUCUCCCUGACAGGACGUUGUGGAAGUCCCUGCUGAUUAUGCAGGACGUUGCGAGGCCUCGGAUGUUUGGCUUCGCCCUGCUGUGGGGCGUGAUUCUCCUACAUAAGGCGACUGUGACGGCGUGUCCCUCCAGCUGCCACUGCAUAGAGAAGAACGGCUUGAUGGUGGUCCAGUGCAUGUCUCGCAACCUGGAGAGGAUCCCCCCAGACCUUCCCAGGGACACAGUCGUCCUGCUUUUGGCGGCCAACCACAUCACCCACAUUCCCAACCACGCCUUCAGAGAGCUGCACUACCUGCAGGAGCUGGACCUGUCCAACAACGAAAUCGAGACGGUGGACAUGGGUGCGUUCCUGGGCGUCUCCGACAGCCUCCUGGUGCUGGAUCUAUCCAACAAUCACAUCCAGAGCGUCCCCAAGGAGGCGUUCGCCCGCCUGCGGGCCAAAAUCAGCCUCUCCAACAACCCGUGGCACUGCGAGUGCACGCUGCAGGAGGUGCUGCGGGAGCUGCGCCUCGACCCGGAGACGGUCAACGAGGUGAUCUGCCACACGGCGGUGCAGGAGGAGUACGCCGGCAAGCCGGUUAUCCAGGUACUGGACUCAGGGAUCAACUUCUGCAACUUCCACCACAAGACGACCGACGUGGCCAUGUUCGUCACCAUGUUCGGCUGGUUCACCAUGGUGAUCGCGUACGUGAUCUACUACGUCAGGCACAAUCAGGAGGAUGCCAGGAGGCACCUGGAGUACCUCAAGUCACUGCCCAGCAACUCUCAGAUCAGCAAGGACUUUGACACCAUCAGUACGGUUCUUUAACAGGAGACGAUGUACGCAGAGUUCUGGGAGAACAGUCCUGGUAAGGUCACCACCAACCUUCACGAUGCAACUACAGCUUUUCUGAUUGGUUGAGUAUCCCAACAUUUUCUACCAGGCAUAAUAACGACUCAUAAUGUGUUUGCAAACACAACAUUCAAACCUACAGAUUAUUUUACUUGAGUUAUAUUCAGUUACAUUAAUAAUCGACUUUGACUUGUGGUGGAGGGAAAAGCCAGAAUCAAUCUCACCACCUUUGAGUGGACGACAUUUCUCCGAGCAGCCGCAGUGUGUGAGGUUUUUAAAACAAAUCAGAUAUUAUCAGGCUGUUGUCACACCUGAAGGUCCAGUAAGAUGCAACAUUUACUCCAUCUCCACCUGCUGUGGUCAAACCAACCAAACCUUUUGAGCAACCUGUUCCCCUCCUCACCUGUGGGGGCGCUGCACCAAGAACCACUGAAGGACACGACACUAAAACCUCUGUUGACACUGCGAACAACAAAAUGCAAAAAAACAAAACAAAACUAGAUUUUAGCGGCUGUAGGAUUUCUCUUUUGUCUUUGGCUGAAGACCACGAGCCAUUUCUCCCGCUAGCGCUAGGCUACAAAGUUUAUUUUGAUUGUAUUUACCCAGAAUGCCCAGCACUAUAGUCCUGCUAUUUCCUGCUUUUGGAGCAUCUCCUGUCGGCUUGGUGUUCACACAUGAACUCAAACAGAACCAGAGUUGACUUCAACCGAACUGAGAUUGAGGUUUGUAGGGAGGCCAGAGUUAGCUUUUUAGGUUUUAUUACACAUUCACACUUAGCCAAAAUGAACCAGAACCAG